AUGUGGAGACAGUUCUUCGUGAUGUCGAACAGCAACCUGAAACUAGUAUUCGGCGUGCAAGAUUUGCGAGAGGAAGACUAUCCUCGAAGAAGAGCAUUUUGCGAAAAUUUCCUGAGGAGAGUAGAGGAUGAUCCGGAACUUCCUUCUCGAGUGAUAUUCAGCGAUGAAUCGCUGUUCACUCGAGAUGGAAUUUUCAAUUGUCACAACAUGCACGCAUGGAAUGACGAAAAUCCUCACGUUACUCGACUCAGGAAUUUUCAAGUUAGAUGGAAAUUUAAUGUUUGGGCCGGAAUCUUCGGCACCACGAUAUUAGGUCCGGUAAUUCUUCCGGACAUCUUAAAUGGCGUAUCGUACGUCGAAUUUUUAUCGGAAAAUCUUCCCGAUUUUUUGGAAGAUGUGCCAUUAGCAGACAGAAACAAAAUAAUAUUCCAGCAAGAUGGUGCCGGACCACAUAAUGCCCGAGUGGUCACAAAUUUUUUAAACGAGCAAUUUCCUGACAGAUGGAUGGGUCGUUAUGGACCAAUACGCUGGCCCGCUAGAUCUCCGGAUCUUAAUCCAUUAGAUUUCUUUUUAUGGGGACAUUGCAAAGAAAUCAUUUACAGGAAGCUUCCUGAAAACGAAACACAAGAUGAGCAACUCGUAAUUGACACAAAUAAAAAUGUUACAAACAAUGUGAUACAUAAUUCUAAAGUUGAAAAUAUUGUUAAUAUAGUCGACAGUAACACUGCAGAUGCAUUAAUUGCUUCUCCGAUAGCAAGUGAUAAUGAUUGGAUCUUUUCUGACAAAGAAGUAAAAAUAUUACUUGUAGAAGACGAAAAGGAAAAUGAAGAUAAAGGGCUAACAUUUAAUGAAAUUGGAGAAACACCCCAAAAAAAACAAAAACUCAGUUUUUUUAAAAGCCAAGAAUAUACAAAUUCGGACGAAUUACAAGCCAAUAAAUUAGAAAAUAAAAUUUCAAUAUUUAAAGAAGAAACAAAAAGAACUGAUUGUUCAACUGAUAAUAAUUAUGAUUUAGAACGUAUUUUAAAAAAUUCAGUGAAAGGUCACUCCGUUUUAUCUGCAUAUCAAUUCCAAGGGGAAUUAGAUGAAAAGCAUCGAAACAUUUUGGCUGAUAUUAUUGUGCAUCAUGAAUUAAAGGAUAAUUUAAAUGCUCGAGUUACUUCUGAACGUGCAGAGUUUAUUGCUGAAAAAAUAAUUAAUUUAUUUCCUAAAGAAGAAAAGGAUACUUGGAUACUUAGAGAAAAAAAUAAAAAAGGUAAAAGUGUUGGAAGAGGUAAAAUUUUGAUCAAAUUUCAAACUAUACGAAGAAACUUAAUCAAAUCUGGAGCUAUUACUGUGCAAAUAAAAAAGGAGCAAGAAAGAGAAGAAACAGACGAUUGUUUUGAAGGUGACACGGAUUAUGAGCAAUAUAUUUUGUGGUUGCAAAACAAUGAUACACCGUGGAUUAAAGUAACUCAAUUAUGGGAGAAAACAUCAAAAAUAAGACUAAAAUCUUUACGAUCCGAUAAUCAAAGUAUCCAAGACUACAUUAGACUUUAUUCUGCUUUAGAAGCAUCUCAGGGAUAUACUUUAGUAAGAGUAUAAAAAUAAUUAU